AUGACAGGUCCAUAUGGCGCCGUUAGCACUUCACGAUAUAUCCAGCUGAGCGAAGGCGAACAGAAGCAUCAUCAUCAUCAUCAUCAUCAUCAUCAUCAUCGCACAAACGCAGCUAUUGACAUCGUGUAUAACAACCUUGCAAAAACAACCAUGCACUUCAACGCCAUUUUUAGCGUCCUUCUGUCCUGUGGCCUGGCAGCAGCACACAUGCAAAUGAGCUGGCCUUAUCCCCUGCGCAGCCCACUUGACCCUCAGAACAAAGGGUCCGACAAGGACUAUGACAUGUCCAACCCCCUCGACUCGUCCGGUGCCAAUUUCCCUUGCAAGGGUUAUCACAAGAACACCCCCUGGCGCGCAACCGUGGAAUACAAGGCUGGCGAGUCAUAUAACAUGAGUGUGACCGGCGCCGCAACACACAGUGGUGGAUCCUGCCAGCUGUCUCUAAGUUACGACGAAGGGAAGACCUUUAAGGUCAUCAAGUCCAUGGUGGGGGGAUGCCCGCUCGAUUUCAAGUACGACUUCGAGAUGCCAAGCGAUGUGGUCAAUGGCCAUGCUCUGUUUGCUUGGUCCUGGUUUAACCUGGUGGGCAAUCGGGAGAUGUACAUGAAUUGCGCGGAUGUUGAGAUUAGCGGAGGGAGCGGUAGCAGGGAAUCGUUUGCAAACGAUUAUCCGGAUAUGUUCGUGGCCAAUGUUGGAAAUGGCUGUUCUACGGUGGAAGGAAAGCACACGGUGUUUGCGCAUCCGGGAAAGCAGGUUACCUAUGCGGGUGGUCUUGAUGCAUCCUCACCUCCAUUCCCCAUAUGCUCUUGA